UCUGAAGGACGCUGUUCGUGACCACAGGAAGCUUGGACACUUUACGCACAAUGAAGCACCGCGUCGCCUUCCGCAAGCUCAACCGCACGUCUGCUCAUCGCGAGGCGAUGCUGCGUACCAUGGUGACGCAGCUCAUCGAGCACGAGCGCAUUCGCACGACGCUGCCCAAGGCGAAAGAGCUGCGUCGUGUGGCCGAAAAGGUGGUGACGAUGGCCAAGCAGGGCGAUGAACCUGCUCGCAAGCGUGCCCAGAGCAUCCUGCGCACGCCCGAGGCAGUCACCAAACUCUUCGACGUCGUGGGUCCUCGCUACGCGCUUCGCGAGGGCGGCUACACGCGCAUCCUCAAGGCCGAUUUCCGCAAGGGUGACGGCGCUGAGAUGGCUGUUAUUGAAUACGUCGACCGACCGGGUGAGAUGCGCAAGGCGAAGCCGCCGACGGGCAUUGAGGCAGCUCGCGCUGUUUUUGAAGCUCAAGCUGAGUCUACUCAGUAAGCUGCCAGGAUGUGAGGAACGCUGACGCCGACAUAAAGCAAUGUAUGCAUUUGAUCUUAGGCCUUGGAUUUCCUACCAUGUUGCCGUGCUGUCUG